GACUGCACACGCACCAUACGAGACGUGACGCGCGUGUGUUGUGGCCUUAUUUUUUACUUUUUAAAAAGUGUGUGAAAAUGUUGCGUAAGUGCGUGGCGUUGGCGGCAUUGGGGUGUGUUUUGGCGGGACCCGCUCCUAGGGCACAGCAUCAGCAGUAUCAAGUUCAACAACAGGAACAGCAAGAAAUCCCCCCACACCUCCUGAGACAGUACUUGGCACAUCAAGCACCAGCGCAGACGCAGGUCCUCGCCCGCCCACAACCAGCACCCGCUAGACUGCCAUACCAAGUACAAGCCGAGCCCCAGUACCAGCAGUACCAACCAGCACCUCAACAGUACAGACCCGCACCUCAACCUCAACCUCAACCACAGUACAGACCUCAACCUGCUCAGUACCAGCCCGCGAAACAACAGGACGCCCGCGAGCCUGAAGACUACGAUCCUCACCCAUCCUACCAGUUCGGUUUCGACGUGAACGACGACCAGUACACCAACUACCAGAACAGGAAAGAGCAGAGGGACGGUGACGUCAUCAAGGGCUCUUACUCCGUCGUGGACAGCGAUGGGUUCGUCAGGACCGUGACGUAUACUGCUGAUCCUAAGGAAGGCUUCAAGGCUGAGGUAUCCCGGCAGCCCACCGACAUCGUGGUAAAGAUCCCCACGCCCAAACCCCAGCUGCAGAUCCAGCCGCAGCCCCAGGCCCAUCCCCAGCACCAGCACCAGCAGCAGCAGCAGCCCCAGUACUACCGUUACCAACAGUAAUUAUAAGAAAUGGCCGAAUAGUAACAAAAGAAAUAACCUGGAAAUUGACAAUUAAAAGAAUAUAGUAACAUGAGCAUUUCUAGAAAAAACAGCUUGUAUCAUUGAUAUAUAUCUAAGGCCUUACGGGCAAUAAGAAUGGGGUCAGUACAGCGGUGUCACGCACACGAAUUCGAGCCAAUCGUGCAGUCUAACGACACAAUUCGAUUGGUUGAUGAGUUCGCAUCACGCGCGCGAUUGGUCGCAACUAGUUGCGUUAGACUGCACUAUUGGCUCGAAUUUGUGAGUGACACCGCUGAAAUAGCACCAUUCUUAGUGCCCGUAAGAUAGAUAUGUCAAUAUAGUCAAUGGCUAGCUAACUCAACCGCAAUUAAGUUCCCAUUUUGUUACCAUAUUUAUUAAAUAAAAAUAAAAUAAAGCAUUAUUAUUGAUUAUUUUUAUAGUUAAAAUCUCAUCGAGUAUAAUUGUAUGUUUAAUUGUUAAAAAUAGAUCAGUAAUAAUAUUGUAAUCAAAAAUGGUUACAAAAUAGGAAAGUUAAAUGAGUUUAGUUGGCUAUACUUAAUGUAUUAUUAUUUUUAGAAAUGCUGAUUAACUUUCAUUUUAUAAGGCGUAUGCUCGCAACAAUAUCAAAUUUAAAGAUAGGCUCGUUCAUAUAGUGCCAAACGAACACGUGUGCACCAACAAACAUGUGCAAACGCGAUUUGUGCACCAACAAAUUGGCACUACUUCGUAGUGCCCGUAAGCAUCUUUACGAGUCAAGUCCAUACAUAGAUAAAAAAAAGUAAAUAGUUUUUAGCUGUGGCCAUUCCUGUCGACCCACAAUUUGGUGCUGCAUAUAUUAUCAAAGCAAAAUUUCAUACGUAUUUGGCAUUUUCAAUGCUAAAGACAUGUUUAACUGAAGAAGGUAGCCGAAAAAAAAAAUCAAUUUAUGAACUUUUGAUAAUGUAUAGCAGAGUAAAAGCUUUAUACAAUUAAAUUUUAUUAAUAUUUGCAGAUAUUAUUUAAAUCUAGUUAUUAUAUAAAUGUUCUGAUACGAAAACCCUGAUUUUCUAAGUGUGCCAAGAUGUUGAAAAAAACAAUGAAGGACGUUUACUUGACACUUUUUUGUAACAUAGAAAGUUACUAUUAUAAAAUGUUAUUCCUCUUAGUAAACUAUACAUUAGUUAACUAUAUUUUAUUUUUAUACUUUAAUAAACUAUUAUGUAAAUAGUUAAGUAGAAGGUGAUGAUUUGUUACCUAAUAAAAUAUUUAAAAUA